GACCUGCAGUGGUUGCAAUGGGACAAGGGGGUGAGGGAUAAAGGAGGGCUUGCACGGGAUUUAAUGCCCGAAACACCCCCGUAGACUGGGAAGGGGAACAAAGGAGGGAAAGCAGGUCUGCAAGAAUUGAUUUCCCCAGAAUAAAUCCUCUUCAUUGUAAUCGGAGAAGACAGUUUGGAGCUACAAAGUUGACCUGGUUGCCUUUGGACGUUGCUGCUGCUGCUGCUGCUGCUGCUGCUGCAUAUAUGAGCAGCCGUGAAGUAAAUUGAAGUUGCUUGACUUCCGAAGGAGAUCCACAUGACGAUAUUAUUUCUAUCUGGAAGAAGAUUUGAAGUUUUUUUGUUUUUGUUUUUGGGAGCUAUGUACAACAUUAAACAGCUGAAUGUAUUUUGAAUGCGUGAAACAAAUGCGGUUGGCAGUUCUGUAACGAUCUUUGAAUACCAACCGGUCUGUAAUUAUUUAUAGUGUUGUUAAAGAAAAUAUAGGGAGACGGGUGUCAUUUGCUAAUGAUUCAUUAAUAAAUGCUGCCUGAUAACGGUGUUUUAUACGAUCUACAGCAAACGAUGCUCCGUUGUAUGGAAUGACUCAAACACGAAUGAAAAGAGCAUCUUAAGUCAGUUUUAUUAUUUAUGAGUUGAUGGUUUUUUUUGACCAUGCAGCACAUAAUACUAUUCUAUUUAAUUCUAAGUAGAAAUAAAAUAGGCUAGUUAUAUUUUAUUUAAUAGAUGCUGAAUAUGUAAUUAAUAUUGUAAAUAUUGCAUUUAAAAUAACGAGGGCAAUACAUAGCCUUCAUCAUGUAAUAACUUGCAGUAUUUUAUUUGCGAUAUUAUAAAUCUAUAUAUAUAUAUAUAUAUAUAUUGAAUGUGACUCCAGCAGCAGCAGGUCCGAUGCUUUUGAAUUACCAGUAAUUUAACGUGUCAUCGUUUUAAUUAUGAUGUAAUUAAGACGUGCUUUGUUGUAUGCACGGUAAAGCGUCCCUGUCCACAGCAAAAGUGAAACUUUGUUUAAAACUCGGUUACAUCCUUUCCUUCAGCUUCUCAAUUCAUUAUCUACCGCACGGAGGCUUACGAGCAAGAACAGAAAUUCGCGGUAAAAUCCGUUAAUAUAUUGUUCAACCCGUUACCUACACGAGAAGAAUUCCUCUCAGGAACUGCUGUAUAACAACAGAUACGUACGUUCAUUACUUUUUUUCUUUUUACUCCGAAACUAAAAUAAUUUGUGUUUUGUUUAAUUCAACUGCAAGACGUUUUUAUUUAUCUAUUAUUAUUUCUAAUGAAACGAUCGUUUACUUUGGAAAACGUUUUUAAUAUCCAAACACCGACCUGCUCUCGUCGCAAUAUUAGCGCUAUAAGGUGUUAAAACAAGUAUUUAGUCAGGGAAGCGGAUAAAACUUGGAGAAGAUGUUACUGUAGUCGGCGGAGGAAGCACGACUCUCUCUCUCUCUCUCUUAGAUAACGCCAGUUAUGCAUUUACUGCUUAAAUGCAGCUGCGGUAAAUUUGACAGAAAUUUGAAGCUAGUGCUGAAGAACUGGGACGUUUUUUCUUAAUCCAAAGGACUUCUUCUGCUAAUGUGUCUGUGUGGAUAUUGUUAACAUCAGAGGAAGCCAAGUACCCUUAAACUCAGCAGCACAAACAGAAUCGUUUUUUUUUUUUUAAACCAAGAUGAGUACUUUUUUUCUUUUUUGUACAGCGUGGAUGUUAAACUAAAACUCGAAAUAUGAUAAUCACUGUGAAGACCUUUUCAUUUCCAUGCACCGGUUUUACAGAGAAAGCUGGUAUUUGUCAUUGAUUGUCUUGGUGUUAAAUGUGACCAUGGGCUGCAUACACAGUAUCAGGUGUAAACCCAAGAAUUUCCGAGAGAGCGUCACCGUUCUUGAAGUGACCGCCUCCAUCGAUUCGAACCCCACCAGCAUCGAUGAGUCCUCUGGCGUGGUGCUCCGGUACCGGACCCCACACUUCCGAGCUUCAGCUCGGGUCCUGGUACCGCCAGUGUCCGGGAAGGAGACCUGGACGGUAGGGUGGAUCCAAGCUUGCAACCACAUGGAGUUCUACAACAAGUACGGGAGCAAAGGAAUGUCGAGUUGGGAGCUCCCGGACUUGAGAGACAGCAAAAUCCAAGCAAUAAGCGACUCUGACGGGGUGAACUACCCUUGGUACGGCAACACCACGGAGACCUGCACCAUCGUGGGCCCGACCAGGAGGGAGACCAAGUUCACGGUCAGCAUGAACGACAACUUCUACCCCAGCGUGACGUGGGGGGUGCCGGUCAGUGACAGCAACGCCCCACAGCUGACCAGCAUCCACAGGGACCAGAGCUUCACCACCUGGCUGGUCGCCAUCAACCAGGCCACCAACGAGACCAUCGCACUGCAGACCGUCAAGUGGAGGAUGCAGCUGCAUAUCGAGGUCUUCCCGGAGAAGACUCUGGGCCACCGGGCCAAGCUGCUGGAGCCCUCUGCCCAAGAGCAGCCCACCAUCCUCACCAAGAACGAGCCCAUCCCUCCCAACGCCUUGGUGAAGCCCAACGCCAACGACGCUCAGGUCCUCAUGUGGCGGCCAAAGACUGGGGAGCCGGUUGUGGUUAUACCUCCGAAAUACUGAACUCACUUUUUGCUGAAACACAGUGAAAGGGCACUUAAAGUUCUAUGAUGAAGACAAAAUAAAGAUGCCCGGAUCGGAAGUACCAAUGGACUAUCCCUGGAAUGAAUGAUUGCAACCAAUCUACCUUUUAAACUGGGUCGGUUAUCACUGUGCUAAAUGAAAUCAUUGCAAAAAAUGAAUCUUGGCUAUUUGCUUGCUAUCUUGACUAAUAUAUUAUAUAUAUAUAUAUAUAUAUAUAUAUAUAUAUAUAUAUAUAUAUAAAUUGUUUUUUUUCAUCUCAUCUCAGUUUUUUUUCUUUGUUGGAAUUUCUAAAUUAUGGAUUCGAAUGGGGAAAAAAUUCUCAUAGUAUUUAAAAAAACUAAAAAACUAAACAUGCAAUACUUUUUAAAAGGUGAAAAACGCCAAUCCAUGCUGCCUUAAGUUUACAUUGCUAUUGCUUUUCAUUGCAAACUCUUUUGCCUUAAUUAGGUGUGUGAUGCAGUAUCCCUUUCCUAGUGACUACACUAUCCCAUAUUGCACUCCUAAACCGUAUGCAAUGAUAGUGCUCUCUCCAGUACGAUCUGAACAGACCUCCUGUUUUCAUGAACUAUUCCUCACAUUCACAGAACAGAUGCGUUUGUGCUGCUUCAGUGCACUCCUCAUCUGGUAGCAAUCAGAUUUAAACCCCCCUUCGAUGGCAAAAUUAAAAUUUCUGAACUGUUCUCCUUUCUGAACUGUUUUCCCUUAAAUUGCUAAAUUAUUGUUCUUCAUGUGACUGCCAAAAGAACCCCGCUACAGAGUACUACAAAGAUAUAAUACAGUAUUUAUAAAGAUCAUAAAAACCCUUUUCUAAUCAUUCUGUGACACCUUUGCAGCAGUUAUAAGCAGUUGCUAUGGGUUGCGCUGAGGAUGUGCAAACUGUAAAACAAAGUUCAGAAAAACACUUCUGAAAUGAGAUAGUCAGUGCUGUUCAAGCAGCUUCAGCAGACCUUGAAAUCACGAUGCUGCCACAAGCCGGCUCAGAGACCCCAAGUGUUAUUUAUGAUACCUUGCAUUUCCAACCGUUUGCAAGGUAAACGACAACUGAGGGAAAGCAUGUAGAGGCGAUUAUACAUUCUGUUAUCAAUCACUGAACUGUAUGAUAGUAUCAUUGUAGAUGGGGAAAGCUGUGAAACAGUUCAAGCCCUUUGCUGUCCAACACUGACCAUUUAGUAACCAUUUUCAAUGUUAUAAAAAAAAUAAAAUAAAAGAAGUCACACUGACCGCCAUCCACUGUGUAUAUAUAAAAAUCGAAAUGGGACGGAUAUAUUCACACACCUAAAGACAGACGGGCAGGUAUCUCCUUCAAUCCAUAGAUUGUGACAAUGUUUCCAAGUUGCUUGCAUUACCUGAUACUGAAUUGGUGCAGUGCAGUUGUAACGCAGUCCCAAAGCUUAAAAUAUGUAAACACCCAUCGGAUGUUCCUCACACACUUUAUUAAAAAAAACCUGUCUGCUUCCAAAAUGUGAUAAUGAUUUAGUGGAUUUCAGUUCAAGUCUCCUGGCAGCGAAAACGAGACAUUAAUCAAAUAGGAAAAAAAUGAUCAUGUGCGUGGAAGAUGAACGGGGUAACACUGGCUGGAACGGAGAGAGCUGCGUGAAUUUAGCAGAAGAUUAUGAAAGCAAUGAAUUAAAUCACAAGCCACUUGAAUACACACACCUAACCCUGACACCUACAUCCAUAAAUCAAUGAAGGAUUUGAUUUAUUUAAUUCAGCAAUUUAAUGUAUUGUCUUUUACGGGGCAGAGAUGUUUAGAAAUGCUUCAAAAAGGCAUCUGAAUGUCCUAAAGCUGUCAACCUGGACUGCCAGACAUGACAGUGGAUUGUGAUGUCAUAACUGUUGAGAACAUGUAUUCUCUUCAACAGUGUGACAUCACAGUGGCCUGGAAUAAGCAUCCCUGCCUCUUAACUCUCCGCACAGAUCACUUAGUAAUAGAAGAGGGAUACUGAAUCUUUAAAUGAUAUGCUUCAUAAUGAAUCAACCGCGUACCUAAAUGCUGUCUCAUCUCCACACUGCAGUAUACUGUAGAAAAGACUUGACUGCUGGCCUGAUACAUGGAAUAAUUAUAUUCAGUAUAAUUACUGAAAGAGCUGACCCCCAAGGGUUCACAACACAAACUUCUGGUACUUGAUUAUCAUUAUUUUUCUAUUGUUAGGAUGACAAAAAUGGUCCUGAUGCUGAAAACAACUGCACUACCGUCCCAUAUUUGAAUCUAAUAAUAAACAAGUUGGAUAUGGGGAUGGGAAAAGUUCAAAUCUGCUGUAUUUUGUUGUUGAGCAUUCCUUUCUGCCUCCUUUUCAACCCCCUCUGAAUAUUCAUAAAACAUUAGCACAUGGGGCAAAUGCAAUGAUUGAUAUACUAAUGUUUUAUGAAUACGGUCCCAUGGGCAUCUCCAAUCUGCCAAGCACAGCAAUACAGUUUUCUGUACAAUAAGGUGGGAAGAAGAGUCCCUGUUGGUUUUUAAUGAGGCAGGCAGCUGCUCAGUAGAGGUUGGGAAGGAUGGUAAAAGGGUAUUGGGUUACUGCUGUUGUUUUAAAGGGGGGAGAGGGCACCCUGUUUAUCAAUAGGGGUCGAGUGCUGUCCCUAUGGAAUAGUCUGUAGAGUGCUGUAAGUGGAUUUCCUUGUCUUACCUGCAUAUGGUGCGUUCUCUUUCUGAUACAGGCACACAGAGCUAAAUUGUUUUUUCUUUAUUAUUCCCAGUUAGCCACUGCGAAGAUAAGGCAAGGUAAACCCUAUCACUCUAAAGGGGAGGGUAAUGUUCGGUUGCUGGUGAUUUUUAAAAUUUUUUUGCACAUCCCUAGUAUAUCUAGGCAGGGCAGCUGAUUCCGGGAACUUCAAUUCUUUUUUUUUUUAAACUUACACCAAAAAGAAUCUCAGCAUACCAGGACAGGGGUUGUGUUUUCAGCUUUUAACACAUUGACCUUAAAGGAUUAUCAUUUGAACCGUAUAGAUCUCAGUGUCCGAUAAAAAGCGCAGUGCAACGUACCUCAUUAUUGACAUACAGCAACACAUCCUUUUAUGCACUUGUCUGAAGCCAUGAACGUCACUAAUUAAAUAAACAGUUGCAUGCCGUCUUACAUUCUGCACGGUAGGCUGGCUUUGGUAACGUCAGGGAGCAUGGCAUUGCAGACUGGUAGUGCUGAUGAGCUCGGCUUUAUCUGGAUGAGAAACUCCCUGAUCACCGUACAGACUAUAGCUGAACUUUAAUGCAGUUGCAAGUCAAACUGUUUCUUGCGCUGCUCAGAUUUGGGUUUGAUACUUGAAAUGGUGAACUCAAAAAGGUACAUAUUUGUGAUCAGAUCUUCUGCUUGAAAAGUAGUGACUCACGUAUUCUACAGGUCUUAGGCCAGGCAAAGUCUUUGCUGUGUUAUAUUGCAGCGUGAACUAUACAAUCUUGUCAUUGACAUUGAUACUUGAAAAACGGGACAUCACUGGCAAACAUUUGAAACUGUGAAAAUGCACAAUGGAAAACAAAACAGAAAAUAAAUUAUAUAUAAAAAUGCUGAAUUAUUAUCCUUUUUUUGUUUGAAGAAUAAAAAACACGUGCAAAUGAAAA